AUGAGGGUGUUAGGUAUAAGCAAGUAUAUAGAAGUCACUCAUGUUAACCUUGUGCUUAAUAUAUUCAAGGUGACCAAGUUUGAUGUAGUUAGAAUAGUAAGGGAAAAUAUGGAGAUGGUCAAGAGGGUUUUGGCGGUGAUUGCUGCUCCUGCGUUAGGCGGUGAUUGCUGCUCCUGCGUGUUGCUUGUGCUGUGCAGGGGCUGGUGUUGCUCUUUUUUGGUGUUGUCAUCUUUGUUUGAAGUUAGAAGGUUCAAUCACGGUCUCAUCUACAGGUACAUUCAUCGUUUAUGCAUUGAAAACAACACCACAAAUGUAUAUGGAAUUUUGGAACCAACUUUUCUGAACAUUGUUGGUGAUGCUGGGAAAAAAAGUGAUCAGAGAAUAUCUCAAAGUAAAUGCAAGAAAUACAUCCAGCAUAAGUUACAAAAUGAAAAGAAAGAGUGUCAAUUAUUACCAUUUAACCAUGUAGGACAUUGGCAGUUGAUAAUACUUUGUCCAAAGAUAAAUACCGUGGUUGUUAUUUGUUCACUACAUUGGAAACUUAAUCCAAUAAUGGAGAAAAUUGUUUCAAGUGUUUUUACGGUUGAUCAAAUGGCGAAUGGCAAUAGAAAGAACAAUACCGUAUGGCUUUAUCCACAAGCGAGGAAACAAUAUAAUUCAAAUGACUGUGGAUACUAUGUAAUGAAAAAUAUGUUGGACAUUGUCACUGCUAAGAUAACUGAUUCUUGGAUGGAGGUAUUUAAUGACCCAAAAGAGUUAACAGCUGAGGAGAUGUAUGAAUUGCGAUUACGUUGGUCAACAUAUUUUUUGGAGUUAUUGGAGGGUUAAGAUUUAUCUGGGUGAUGAAUUGGUUAUUAGCUUUAGUUUGAGUCUUGGAAGCAGAUCAGGUGAUGGAAUUGGUAUUUUGGCUCGGAUGUGCAUCUCACUGUUUUGGACUGUUUAUUUUGGACUAUUUUAGGAUGGUUUUAUGAAGGAAUUGGUAUUAGAAUUGGUAUUUUUGUGAUGGAAUUGGUAUUUUAUGAAGGAUUGGUAUUUUAGAAUUGGUAUUUUAGGAAUUGGUAUUUUAGGAUUGGUAUUUUAGGAAUUGGUAUUUUAGGACUGUUUAUCAGGUGAUGGAAUUGGUAUUUUAGGAUGUGCAUACUGUUCUAGAGUUUUGAUUUUU